CCAGACUGGGCCGGGUGCCCGCAGAUGUGCCUCUUCCAGUGUGUCCCACGCUAAGUCUGAAGCCCACCCACCAUGGCACCCGCCAUGUCUCAGAUGCUGCACAUCGAGAUCCCCAGCUUUGGGAACACAGUGCUUGGCUGUCUGAAUGAACAGCGCCUGCUGGGCCUCUACGGUGAUGUGUCCAUUGUGGUCAAGGGCCAGGCCUUCAAGGCCCCCCGUGCAGUCCUGGCUGCCAGCAGCCUGUAUUUCCGAGACCUCUUUAGUGGUAAUAGCAAGAGUGCAUUUGAGCUGCCGGGCUCUGUGCUGCUUGCCUGCUUCCAGCAGAUUCUGUCCUUCUGCUACACAGGCAUGCUCACCAUGGCGGCCAGUGAGCAGCUCGUGGUCAUGUACACAGCAGGCUUCCUGCAGAUCCAACACAUCGUUGAGCAGGGCACAGACCUCACGUUCAAGGUGAGCUCACCCUUCUGUGACUCACAGACCGCCAUGAUCGAGGAUGCCAGCUCAGAGCCCCAAAGUCCCUGCAACCAGUUGCAACCGGCCACUGCUGCCUAUGUCGCAUCCCCUUUUGUGCCCAUCCCACUUCUGACCCAUGUAAAGCAUGAAGCUAUGGAGUUGCCACCUGCCACUGGCCCAGGCCUGGCUUCUAAGCGCCCCCUGGAGACGGGCCCUCGAGAUGGUGUGGCAGUAGCUACAGGUAUUGCGGGGACACCUGGCACAGCCCCUCUGAAGCUGCCUCGAGUCUCCUACUAUGGAGUGCCAAGCCUGGCCACUCUCAUCCCCAGCAUCCAGCAGGUACCCUAUUGCCAGGGGGAGCAGACCACUGGGGCCAGCAGCCUGCCCACCACAGACAGCCCCACCUCCUACCACAACGAGGAGGAUGAGGAAGAUGAGGAGGCCUAUGAUACCAUGGUGGAGGAGCAGUAUGGCCAGAUGUACAUUAAGGCCACAGGAAACUAUGCAGUGCAAGAGAAGCCAGAGCCGGUGCCCCUGGAGAGCUGCUCCUGUGUUCUCAUCCGUCGAGACCUGGUGGCACUGCCUGCCAGCCUCAUCAGCCAGAUUGGGUACCGCUGCCACCCAAAGCUCUAUUCGGAGGGUGAUCCUGGAGAGAAACUGGAGCUUGUAGCAGGCUCCGGGGUCUACAUCACACGUGGCCAGCUCAUGAACUGCCACCUGUGUGCAGGGGUAAAGCACAAGGUCCUGCUGCGGAGGCUCCUGGCCACCUUCUUUGACAGGAACACACUGGCCAAUAGCUGUGGCACUGGCAUAUGCUCAUCUACCAGUGACCCAAGCCAAAAGCCACUGGACAGCCGAGUCCUGAAUGCUGUGAAACUGUACUGUCAGAACUUCGCCCCCAGCUUCAAGGAGAGUGAGAUGAACGUGAUUGCUGCAGACUUGUGUACCAAUGCUUGCCGGGUCCGCAAGCACUGGCUGCCCAAGAUCAAGUCCACGCUGUCAGAGGGUGUGGAGAUGUCCCGUACCGUCAUGGGCACCUGGGCUGCCAGCCUGCCCCUGGACCCCGAGUUCCCACCUGCUGCUUCACAGGUGUUCGAGCAGCGCAUCUAUGCUGAGCAGCGAAGUGACGUGGCCACCAUUGUGACUCUGAGAACUGAUGCUGUGAAUGUCGAUCUGAGCACCUCGGCCAACCCUGCCUUCGAGGCUAGUGAGGAGGUGGAUGGGGCAGGCUCGGUUAUCCAGGAGGUGGCUGCUCCUGAGCCGCUGCCUGCUGAUGGCCAGAGCCCCCCUCAGGCCUUUGAGCAGGGCAACACCUGCUGUGGCAGCUCCAGCAGGCCUCAGACACCAGUGGCCACAGCAGCAAGAAGGCCAGAGGACACCUAUGCAGGGACCUUGUAAGGGGCCAGCAGGGCCGCCUCACAAGGGACCAAGUACUAAAGCUGCUUGCAUGCGUUACUAAUACAAACAAAUGUGAUCAAGCCACUUACCUACUGAACCGCUACCGCUG